AUGAGGCCACAGUCAGAGAUCUGCUGCCACCUGCUGGACAUCACUGAAGUGAAACUCAGACAGUCGUUGCCACUGAGAGCUGAAAUGGCGCAGAAAGGAGAUCAGCUGGACCAAGAAACCAUCUCUUUCUCAGCUGCAGCAGAAAGGGCUGAGAAGUGGAGAGAGCUCGAGGUGAGUCGACAACACAUCCAGCAGAGAAUCCAGGACAGAGAGAAAGAUGUGAAGCUGCUUCAACAGGAGGUGGAGGCCGUCAGUCGCUCUGCUGAUAAAGCAGUGGAGGACAGUGAGAAGAUCUUCACUGAGCUGAUCCGUCUCAUCCAGAAAAGAAGCUCUGAUGUGAAGCAGCAGAUCAGAUCCCAGCAGGAAACUGAAGUGAGUCGAGUUAAAGAGCUUCAGGAGAAGCUGGAUCAGGAGAUCACUGAGCUGAAGAGGAAAGACGCUGAACUGAAGCAGCUCUCACACACAGAGGAUCACAACCAGUUUCUACACAACUACCCCUCACUGUCACAACUCAGUGAACCUGCAGACUCAUCCAGCAUCAACAUCCAUCCUCUGAGAUACUUUGAGGAUGUGACAGCAGCUGUGUCAGAGCUCAGAGAUCAACUACGGGACAUCCUGAGGGAGAAAUGGACAAACAUCUCACUGACAGUGACUGAAGUGGACGUUUUACUGUCAGAACCAGAACCCAAGACCAGAGGUGAGUUCUUAAAAUAUUCACGUGAAAUCACUCUGGAUCCAAACACAGCAAACACAUGGCUGUUAUUAUCUGAGGGGAACAGAAAAGCAGAACUAAUGAGACAACAACAGUCUUAUUCUAGUCACCCAGACAGAUUCGCUAAUUGGCGUCAGGUCCUGAGUAGAGAGAGUCUGACUGGACGUUGUUACUGGGAGGUGGAGUGGAGAGGGGAAGCAGUUCGUGUAGCAGUCGCAUACAAAGAUAUC